GGUCUUGUGAACUGGGCUCUGCCUGGCUAGUCUUCGAAACUUCGAUGAUGAAGACAUUCUCAACCCAUCGCCACACAGACUAGCCUUGACUAAGGUGUAUCUCUCGCUUCCUGCUGUCGAGUAUUCGGGGUUGGACUUCUCUUUCCCUCGUCUCUAUACCAGUAGCUCAAUCGAAGCGAGAUCGCAACCGUUCCUCGCCUACAAUGGCAGCUCUCCGCUCUACCUCGUCCCGGCUCCUAGCCGCCGCCACGCGCUCGUCGGCUGGUCCCUCUAUGCUCGUGCGAUCAAUGGCCACUGUUGGUGACGCGACAGUCAAUGCCAACCCCAAGAGCUCAUCCGCCGCGCGAAACAAGACCUUCCAGAUCUACCGGUGGAAUCCCGAACAGCCAGAAGAGAAGCCCAAGAUGCAGUCCUAUACCCUGGACCUUAACAAGACUGGCCCCAUGGUGCUCGAUGCGCUGGUGAGGAUUAAGAACGAGGUUGACCCUACAUUGACCUUCCGUCGGAGUUGCAGAGAAGGUAUCUGCGGCAGCUGUGCCAUGAACAUUAACGGAACGAACACCCUCGCGUGCUUGUGUCGUAUCCCCACUGAUACGAGCGCUGACCUAAAGAUCUACCCGCUCCCUCACACAUAUGUCGUUAAGGAUUUGGUACCGGACUUGACACACUUUUACAAACAAUAUAAGUCUAUCAAGCCCUACCUCCAGAGAGAUACACCGGCCCCUGAUGGAAGAGAGUACCGACAGAGCAAGGCCGACCGGAGAAAGCUAGAUGGCUUGUACGAGUGUAUUCUUUGCGCCUGCUGCUCAACCUCGUGCCCCUCUUACUGGUGGAACGCCGAGGAAUACCUUGGGCCCGCUAUUUUGCUACAGUCCUACCGCUGGAUUAUCGAUUCCCGUGAUGAGAAGACCGAAGCUCGAAAGGCAGCACUAGAUAACUCCAUGAGCUUGUACCGAUGCCACACCAUCCUCAACUGCACCCGAACCUGCCCUAAGGGCCUAAAUCCCGGUCUGGCAAUUGGAGAGAUCAAGAAAGAGAUGGCGUUUUAAAUGAAGAGAACAAAAAGGGAGAAAAGGUUCUUGCUCGGGCUAUAAUAGUCUGGCGCUUGAGGGUGGCCGAAAAUAUGGCGACUGGAACAGACGUCAAUUGAAAAAGUGGGAUGGUUGGCUGGAGGAGUAAACCAACCCUUGUACAAAGUUCCUCCAACAGCAUGAAGUUACGCCCGCUUUUGGAAGGGAAUCUAUUCGGAGUGGAAUCCUUGGUAGUCUUAGCCGUGUUCCUAUCUUCCGAGCAUGGUUGGAGUUUUAUGCUUUUCACUAUUUAAACAAGAAUCGAAAGCACAAUCGCGAAUCCAAGUGAUAUUCAUGCUGUUCGCACCCAAAUCUGAGGUCUCCAUCACAAUUUUACAGCGUUU